AUGCAAGCCUACCAUCGCCCAGGUGAACGACCUUACGUACGACUUGGCCAUCGCCGAGGCGCAUCCGAUUUGGCGCGCUUCAUCGGUGACCUGAGCUGGGCUGACACAGAGACGGAGUGCCGCCUUGGCACAAGGGCAUAUCCCUCUCCGCCCAUGUCAGGAUCUCCACCACUCCCGCCCAAGCCAUUUCAAGAGGCCGGUGAGCGAGGCCUGAGCAGUUUUCAGGCAACUUCUCAUGAUGCAUAUCGUCCAACCUUGACUGCUCAAGGGGCCGGUAUCCGAGGAGUACCCAUUCCGCCUAUUUCAACGCAGUCGCAUCUGCCCCCGCCUCUGCCCGCAGUCCCCGGAGGCCGUCCGUAUCCUCCAGAGAUAAUAGAACGACCGGAAUAUCCGGUAGGCCGCCCGGAAGAAUCUCAGAGUCGGCCCUCAGCAUUGCCGCCCUUGUCCACGUCCCAGCAGUCCCAUUAUGCCCUGCCUCCGAGGCAAGGGCCAAUGCCAACGACAUCGCCAUACUCGUUGCCUCCAAGACCGCAGACAGCAGAUGCGGCCGCUUAUACUUCCCCUAGGUCACAGCGAAAGACAAAAGGGCACGUUGCGUCAGCAUGCGUGCCAUGCAAGCGAGCACACCUUAGAUGUGACGCUCAAAGACCAUGCUCGAGAUGUCUUAGCAAUGGCAAGGAGGAUGCGUGUAUCGACGUUCAACAUAAGAAGCGUGGUCGUCCGCGCUUACGAGAGGAUAGGGAAGCCAGGUUCGACUCGUCCCGAUUCCAGCAACACCCGGCAGAUCCAAUGGCAAGACGGCCCGUCUCUCUAUAUGCGCCUGUCAGCGCACCGGCAGUGGCCUUUGAUGAUCCGCUGCGAAGGAGUCAGUCGUACAGGGUACUCAAAUCACAGCCGACAGACCCCAUAGCACCACGGUACCUCGAGCGUGGCUCCAUUGGAGAUGCGCACAUAUAUCCGCCGCCACUGAUGACACCUCCGAGGCCACUGGAGCCAAUAGCAUUCUUGUCGGUUGACUUUGAGAUUGUUAGAGUAUCGAAUCCUUUUGUGGAUGCCAUUGGUGCUGGUAUGGCACAGGCCAUCCUGGGGAGAAAACUCGAGGAGAUCAUGGCGCCGCAAGAGAAAGACAGGGUGGCUGCUUUGCAGCGAGCUCUGCAGACGGAACAAGGGCGGAAGGAGCCAAACUAUCUGCCGCCUAUUUUUGGCAGACAGGAGUUGGAACGCAUUGUGCAUUCAAUGCCACUCGACGCCGAAUACAUCUCGAGGCUCCCACUUGAAAGGCAGGAUGCCUUCACCUUCCUGACGGCUCAAAGACAGGGUCGCCAAUUCUCGGUUCGCGUUGGACUCGCCAAGGAAGACUCGAUUUACUUCGUUGUUUUAGUCCUCAACAUCCAACCGCCCUUGUAUUCACAUCCGUCACCGUCUCUGCAUGCCCGAGAAGUUCCUUAUCCAUAUCAUCAACAGGUACUCGCUCCCCAGCUUACACCUGUGUCAGCAUCCUUUGACAUGGGCCGACCCAAGCUUGGUGACCUUCGAGAACAACGUGAUGACAUGAUGCCUCGGCGGCAGACAAUUUCAGGAACACAAGGGCAGGCCGGUCCGAGUCCUGGUGUGAGCCCGAACAUUCCCUCAUACGCUCCUUCUUCGGGUCGUAUUGAACAUCCGGCUGGCCCUUCUUAUCAGAUACCUCGAAGCGAGUUGCCACCUGCACGUCCGCCGGUGCAGCCAGGAUACCAGCUUCCCCCUAUCCGAAGCCAAGGACCCGUGCCCGACGCCCGUCCUGGGCGAGUCGACAUUGGCGGCCUGAUAGAUCAACCCGAAACGUCGCGUCGUGGGCCUUAG